UGUCGAUAUUUUCCAAUUAUAAUAUUUGGAGAUUUUUAAUCAGUGUCGUUUAUAUUUGUAUUUUGUUUUAUUUAUUUUAGUCAUGCAGUUCACAUAUUGGAACGUGUUAGUUUACACAGUUGUCUUUGCAACUGUCUCUGCAAGAUUUCUACGACGGACCCAGCCCCCUCCACCUCCUCCACCCCCUAGCACUCUCUGUAAAUGCCCCGGUACCUCUGAGCCAGUGUGUGGAAAUGACGGCAACACAUACAAAAAUCCGUGUGAAAUAAGCUGUAAACCAUUUGUAUAUAAGAUUCAUGAUGGCCCAUGUUCACAAGGUACAUGGCAUCAAGUUACGAGACGCUGCUAUUGUUCCGAGACUUACGAACCCGUAUGUGGAAAGAACGGCAGAAACUAUGACAAUGAAUGUCAGGCGAGAUGUGUAGGUGUUUCAGUUUUACACACUGGUAAAUGUAAGGUUAAAAUAUGUCGAUGUAUCUCGACAUAUGCCCCUGUUUGUGCAAAAGACGGGAAAACGUAUUCCAGCAGAUGCAGUGCUGAAUGUGAAUAUGGUGUGGAAGUUUCAUACCAAGGUCCUUGUCGGGCCCAAUGCACUUGCUCGGCUUAUUAUUCUCCUAUCUGUGGCUCAGAUAACAAGACCUAUAUCAAUCAGUGUGAAGCUGACUGUGCGAAAGUACAAAAAAAGUACACGGGGGUUUGUAGAAAGUCCUGCACCUGCCCACACAACUACGACCCCGUAUGUGGCUCAGAUGGCGAGACUUAUGACAAUCCCUGCAAUGCCAAGUGCGCCGGUGUUAAAAUUGAAUCUAAAGGAAGGUGUCCAGACUCAUGUAACUGUCCUUAUCAGUAUAAACCAGUCUGUGGAGAAGACGGCAAAACGUAUGGAACCCAAUGUGUUGCCGACUGUUUCAAAGUUGAAGUGGUAUCCGAUGGAGAAUGUCCCUCUCACUGAAAGCCAACAAAAUAUUCUGAAAAUUGGAUGUUGAAAGCCACUUCCUGUUAGAUUAUUAUUAUUAUAUAUUGUUUUCUAAAUAAAUGUGGGUUGACUUAU